AAAGUUUUCAUUCUCAAAAGAUUUGGACUGCGACUGCGUUGAAACAAGGAGAGAAGAAAAGGACGAAAAUUCUGCUGGCCAUGGAAAUCGGAGUUUGAACCCAGACUGUGUUGAUACUUGUUCGCUGACGAACGCUGCAAUCAAUCAAUGUGCCUCUUCCUCUACCACCGCCGCCAUUGUUGUUCCUCUGAUUCUAACUCAGUCAGUCAGGUACUGUUACUCCUAUGCAUUUGUGUCCAAUUUGCUUUCAUAAAUGUCAAAUAGCUUCAGAAGUGAUAGUGAUGCUCCCUCAAGUGUGGAGGAACUUGUUCACCUUGGAACAGGAUUUAGACAGCAUAGAAAAGAGAAGGAUGUUUUAAGAAGUUCUCAAUCCCAAAGCUUUCAACCAAUCCGGAUACUAGAGCGAUAUGAAAAAUCAUCACCGGGAGCUCUUACAGAUGAUAAGAAACACAUCCAGAGGUUGGAAAAGGAGCUGCUGAAUUGUUUUCAAGAAAUUGAUUUUCUUCAGGAUCGUCUCAAUGCAAGGAACACUGAUGUGAACUAUCUCGAAGAGCGUGUUCGUAACCUUGAACUAAAACUGGAGGAGAUGGGAGAUCUUCAAGAGGAGGUUUUCAGCUUAAGGGAGGAACUAAGAAGAUCAAAUUCAAAGCAAUUUUCCUUAACCCAAGAACUAGAGACUAAAGAAAUAGAAUUAGAGCAGUCAGCUUUCUCCAUAGAGAAACUGGAGGAUUCAUUUUCAUCCAUAGCAUUAGAGUCCCAGUUUGAAGUAGAAAGCAUGAAGCUUGAUAUGAUGGCCUUGGAACAGAGUUUAUUUGAGGCAAAAAAAACCCAGGAUGAAGCUUUGGAGGAAAGUAAUAGACUGAGUAGACUGAUUGAUGAGCUCCAGUAUGCAUUGCAGGAUACACAACAAACCAUCACAUCUCUAAAUGAAGAAAAUAGGGAACUCAGAGAGAAGCUGGAUGCUGCCAACAUGAAUACUAGACUUUUUUCUCGAAAGGUUGGUGAUUGGCUGGAGAACAAGAACAGAUCACAUCUCAAGAGAAAACCUUCCUUGAGUGAACAAGAGAGCAAACCAGAGGACAUAAGAACUUGUGGAGAAGUAUUGGGUCCACUCCUUGGAAGAUUGGCCAUGAUCUUAGGUCCAGCUGCAGAUUUGAAAGGGAAGAUGGAAAUGCCACAUCAGAUCCAAGAAUAUGAAUUACUUUUGAAGAAUCUUAAGGAAGAAUUAAGAGAGGAAAAGUUGAAGGCCAAAGAAGAAGCAGAGGACUUAGUCCAGGAAAUGGCAGAGCUGAGAUACCAAUUCACAGGUUUGCUAGAAGAAGAAUGUAAGCGCCGUGCUUGUAUUGAACAUGCAUCCUUACAAAGGAUUUCUGAGUUAGAGGCUCAGCUUCAAAGAGAGCAGAAAACCCCUUAAUUGCUGCCUGGCAUCUAUCUGAAACAUAGAGGUUGGCAUUGCUCUAAAUCUUUCAGGACCAGCAGUGUAGAAUGACCUUAAAGGGUUUUUACCGCACUGCAUCCCCGAAAGAAAAUUGUUAUAUUCUGAGCAGCAACAGUUUUUUCCCUUCAGAGGAAGAGAUUGAAAUCUAGGAUGUCUUGUUAUGCCUUGCUCUCAGAUUUUAUUGAAGCCAAAAAGAAUAGAAGUGCGUUGUAUAGAAAGAACAGAGAUUCUGAGGAGGACAUAAUAGGAUCUGUAAGUGGGAAGGUUUUUACAUAAGGUUGUAUAGAGGACAUAAGAUUCAGAUUUUGUUUUAAUAAUCAAUUCUUGACGAACAGACAAACGUUUUGGUUUGGUUUGUGUAAAAUCUACAAGUUUGUUGAGCCUGCAAAA